UUUUUUUUUUUCUAUUACACGUAUAAGAACAAUGGCACAAUCUAUGGAAGUUGAUUUUGAUGUUCCUAAAUUCCUCUCUGAAGAAAGACAAAAAGUACCUUCUCAAUUCCAACACUAUUAUUCCAACUUUGAGGAUCUUUACGAGAGAAAGUUAUGGCAUCAAUUGACACUUUUAAUAUUGGACUUCUUCAAGGAACCUGAAUCUAAUGCUCUUCAAGUGUCUUUGUUUCAAAACUUUGUUGCUGAAUGGGAAGAUAAGAUUAACAAGUUAUCCCUUGUUACUAUUGCACUUCAAGUAGCCAAGCAAUUCUCUGAUGCGAAUGAAUCUGUUAGCUUUUUAGAUGGCAUUAUCACUAAAGUAGAUACACCUGAAACUAAAGAUGUCUAUGUCCUUGCCCUGAUGGAGUCAGCACAAUUCAAGCUAAAGUUAAAUCAGACAGAACAAGUUAAAAAGGCUAUUGACGAAUCAGAGAAAAUUCUAGAUGGAUUUGAUAGUGUAGAGACCAUUAUCUAUGCUAGUUUCUACCGUGUCAGUGCAGAAUAUUAUAAAGUCAAGGCUGAUUAUGCUCAAUAUUAUAAGAGUGCCUUGUUGUAUUUGGCCUGUGUUGAUGUAGAAGAAUUGAGUGUGAUGGAUCGUAUGGAAAGAGCUUAUGAUCUCUCACUUUCUGCUUUAUUGGGUGAUAUGAUUUAUAACUUUGGUGAAUUGUUGAUGCACCCUAUCCUGGAUUCCCUUACUGGUACUGAACAUGACUGGCUCCGUUCUCUUUUAUUCGCUUUCAAUUCAGGCGAUAUUGGUAAAUUUGAAGCCUUGGUGCCUCAUUUCAACAAACAACCUUUACUUGAAAAAAACCAAGCUGGUCUUAGAAGAAAGAUUUGCUUAAUGUCUUUGAUUGAAGCCAUCUUUAAGCGUUCAACAGACAAUCGCUCGAUCCCCUUUUCAGAAAUUGCUGCAGAAACACGUCUGUCUGUUGAUGAAGUAGAGCAUUUGGUGAUGAAGGCAUUGUCUUUGAAUCUUAUUCGUGGAUCCAUUGACCAAGUGGAUCAAAUGGUCGUUGUUACUUGGGUUCAACCCCGUGUGCUUGACAAGGACCAAAUUGAUGGUAUGAGACGUAAGCUUGAAGAAUGGGACAAUCAAGUCAAGAAAAUUAGUGCUUUUGUUGGUGAACAAGGUGGUGAAGUUUUUGCUCAAUAAAUUUCUGUCCCACACACUCAUUUUUAUUUUCUUCUUUUUUCUUCUAUUUCAAUGAUAAAGACACUCUUUCAAAUA